AGAGUGAUCAGAAUAAAAACAGCAACACCAGACAUAGAAGAGAAAUAAGUGCAAUGAUCCAUCGAAACAAAGGCUUUGCCCUUUCUUAAUUACGUGUCCAGUAUCAUUUCUUUUUUUUUCCUUCUUCCCCUCUUCAUUUUUUUUAGACGUUUUUGAAGUGGUAAUUAGCUCUUGGAGAAUAAAACCAUCUGAUUUGGGGAGGGCCAGUGCAUUUUGGGGCAAGAUGGCUAGCAGGAGGGUUGCGUUGCUCCUCGGACUCUUCCUCAGCACACAGCUGAGUCCUUCGCUACAAGGAGGGGUGUAUGUUCCUCAGGGUGGUGUUGGAGGAGGACCAGGAGGGGCUGGAGUGUUACCAGGUGCUGGACUUUACCCAGGUGCGGUAGCAUCCCCAUACAAACCAGCAAAAGCUGCAGGUGGAUAUGGAGGGGCUGGUGGGGCACUGGGCACAGGUGCUCAGACCGGUGGUUUCGGGACUGGAGGUUAUGGAACUGGUGGUUAUGGUGCUUAUGGUGGUGCUGGACAAUUCUACCCAAUGGCUGGAGGCUUGAAACCGGCUAAAUCAGGCUUUGGAGGAGGAGGUCUUCCAGGAGGAGGUCUGCCUGGAGGGGGUCUACCUGGAGGUGCUGGUGGAAAGCCCCCUAAAGGGCCGGGUGCAGGAGGAACUGGUACUGGUCUCCCAGUCAUUCCUCAAACUGGUGUACAAGGACUGGGCCCUGGUGGGGUCGGACCUGGGGGGAAAGCUGCAAAGGCCGGAAAAGCUCCAGUGCCAGGAGUGGGAGUUCCUGGACCAUAUCAAGGAGGACUUGUUCCUGGACAAGGCUUCAAUGGGAGGGGAGUUCUUCCUGGGGUUGCCACAGGGACUGGACUCAAACCUAAAUCAGCUGCUGCCGGAGGGCAAGGACUGGUCCCAGGUGGCCGUGGACCAUAUGGUGGACCACUGCAGCAAGGAUUAUUUCAUGGAUACCCCCUAAAAUCUCCCAAAACCCCAGGUGCUGGGUCUCCAUACUCUGGUGGUAAACUUCCAUAUGGUUUCGGGGGCUUUGUUGGAGGCGCGGGACUCCCUGGUGGGAAAGCAGGAGCUGGCUCCAAGCCGGGUUAUCCCACUGGGACUGGUAUGGGGUCUCUAGGGUUCUCUGCUGCACAGGCCAAAGCUGCUAAAUAUGGUGCAGGCGCUGGUUUAGGUGGUGUUGGAGCUGUGCCGGGUGGUGCUGGUGGACUUUACCCAGGAGCAGGAGGUACUGGAGCUGGUUUAGGUGGUGUUGGAGCUGUGCCAGGUGGUGCUGGUGGACUUUACCCUGGGGCAGGAGGCACAGGUGGACUCUUUCCUGGAGCAGCGGGUACUGGUGCACUCUACGCUGCUCAGGCCAAAGCUGCUAAAUAUGGUGCUGCUGGAGUACCUGGUGGAGCUGGACUUGUCCCUGGGGGAGCUGGAUUUGUUCCUGGUGGAGCAGGACUUGUUCCAGGGGCUGGAGGCGUUUACCCUGGAGCAGGAGGUCUUACACCCGCUCAAGCCAAAGCAGCUAAAUAUGGGAUUGUUGCAGCAGGUGGAGCAGGUGCACUAUACCCAAGAGGUGGUGGGCCGGUCGGUGGCGUAGUGGGAGGAGUUGGUGGAAUUCCUGGAACAGCACCAGGGGCUGGAGUGUAUCCAGGUGGAGUGAAGCCUCCCAAAUAUGGAGUACCAGGAGGGGCAGGUGUUAUCCCAGGCUAUGGUUCAGUUACUGGGAUUGGAGGACUUCCUGGAGGGACUGGAGGAAUAGGAGCUGGUGUCAAACCUCCUAAAUAUGGAGUGCCUGGAGGUGCAGGGGUCCCAGGAGGGGUUCCUGGAGGAGUUCCAGGUGGAGUACCAGGAGGAGUUCCUGGUGGAGUGCCAAUAACUGGUGGAGGAGGGUAUCCUGGUGGUGCUAAGGCUCUUAAAUAUGGUUUUGGUGGUGGAGCUGGUGUACCAGGUGGAGUGCCUGGUGCUGUGCCCGGACUGGGACCUGGUUUGGGCGGAGUUGCCAGAGUCCCAGGUGGUGUAGGAACAGGAGCAGGAACGGGAUAUCCCAUUGGAGGAUAUGGGACUGGGGCAAAACCACCUAAAUAUGGUGUUCCUGGUGGUGUACCUGGAGGAGUACCUGGUAGUGUUCCUGGAGGUUUUCCUGGUGGCGUUCCUGGUGGAGUACCUGGAGGUUACCCUGCAGGAGUUAAACCACCUAAAUAUGGAGUCGCAGGGAUACUCCCUGGAGCAGGGGGUGUAGUAGUGCCUGGAACUGGGACUGGAUUGGUACCAGGAGCUGGGGUUGGAGGAUAUCCUGGUGGUGUCAAACCUCCGAAAACAGGUGCUGGGAUCACUGGAACCGGUGUAGCAGUUCCUGGUGCAACACCUGGUGGUGAUGUGGUGAUCGUACCGGGUGGGACAGGGAUUGGUGUUCCUGGUGGUACAAGGGUUCCAGUUGAACCAAGUGGGAAACCAGCAAAGCUUCCAACCUUGGCCCCAGUGGAGACUGCUAUAUCAGGUGGUGGGCAAAGAGUUCCUGCAGCUGGAGUGUCUAAACCUGGAGCUGGUCCUGGUGGGGUUUACCCCUAUGGCUAUGGUCCAUAUUACCCUGGUGCUGGACCAUCUGGAGUUGGAACGGGUGUGUUACCUGGAGCAAAACCACUGAAAGCCCCCAGUGUUGGUGGUGUAGGAGGAGUUGGAGGGGUGGGGGCUGGAACAGGUGCGGGGUUUCCAGCAGGUGUGGGUUUAGGAGCUGGUGGUGUUGGAGCUGGGGCUAAACCACCCAAACCAGGCUACGGCUCUUUGGGAACAGGAUAUGGACAGCCAGGUGGAGUAGUUCCAGGUGGAUAUGGAGGGUACCCACAAGCAUAUCCAGGUGGAUAUGGAGCAGGGCUGUCACCACAACAAGCUAAAGCAGCGAAAUAUGGAGGUGGACUGUCAGGAUUUCUGGGAGGAGGUUAUCGAGGUGGAGCGGGCUGCCAGGGCAAAUACUGCGGGAGGAGAAGAAAAUAAAGAAUCUCUUGAGAUGUGAAGUGACCUCAAGAAACAUGGUGCUACUGCAUGCUCCAGAAUGUACUUUACUCCAACAACAGUCCCAACAUGCACAAAUGUUACCUUCUGUACUGAUAGGAAAUAUUUGGAACAAAUCCAGAGCCCUGCACGCUAGUGUUUUUUAUGACAAUAAUUCCUAUCCUGAUUGUUUAUGGCACGUUCCAGCACGUUACUGUUUCUUAUUGUACACAUCUUAGUUUUGGACAUUUCUGAGAUCAUUCGAAACUCUUUUGUUCAGUUGCAUUGAUAAUUUGGCAUUCUAGACUCUCAAAGACAUGGUAUUUCUCGCCUUUGCCGACACACUCAAGGUACGUGUUGAAGUGAAAGCAUCCUGUCGUACGGCUGAUUACACUUAGGGUUGCAAGAUUUCACAUCUGGCCAAGCUUCAGCUUAGAGGUUUGUCUGUUAUUUUUAACCCUUUAGAGAGACGGCAUCAACUUUCUGUCUUCAUAUACAGUCGUUUAUGGGUGAACCUCAUCAAAACGUGUCCAGGUCAUAUUUCACCCCAAA